AUGAAUGAAGGAAAAACUGCAAAAAUCGAUUCUAAAUCUGUCAAAAUUGAAUUGAAGGGCAAAAUUGUUAUCGGAAUCAAAUGUCUUAAUGAAGAAGAAACAAACCUUAAAUUCCAAAUCAACGAUAACAAUGAUAAAUACGAGAUAUCUCCCAAUAGUUUUAUUGUUCUUGAAAACGCAAAUAACCCUGUUGUUAAGACGAAAUCAAGUAUGUAUGAUUUAUCAAAUUACGAAGUUGUUUAUAAUGUUUUGCCUUCUAAUUUCGAAACUCUGAUACAAGAUAUCGAAAAAUGGAAUGUAAGACAUUCACAACAACUCUUACAAGUAUUCCCAACUAUAUUUGAUAAAUCUAUUUAUCAAAAGAUUCCUCUUUCUACAUCAUUUUCUGUUGGAACUGCUCAGUUUAUGUUUGAUUUGCUGAAAAAGAUUCCGAAAUCGAAUUUGUAUUCGAUUUCCAGACAUCUUACGAACUCGAUACAGAACACGAGAGAAGAAGAAGGAGUUAAGACACGUUUCCCAACGAGAAUCAAAGGAAACAACCUGGAAAGAAUCGAUUUCUUGAAAGUUACAAAACAAACUUUGUUUGCGGAUGAUGAUUACAGGACACAAUUGAUCAAUAACUUGCCACCACAGAACUUUUCCAUAAAGAGAUCCAUUGACAAUUUCGCAAUCAUGGUUGAUGGAACAAGAGAACAAACAGCGUGGAUGGACAGAUAUUUGAAGUCUUUGAAAGAUUUUCCUUUCUUGAUUUUCACUGAAUUCGCAACUGGUUCAUUUAAUUUGUCGAAAUUGAAGAAUAAGAAGAUUUGUAUAAGAUUUGUGUCACAGGAGAAUAAUAUUGAUGCAUUCCCUGAUGAUAUGCUUGUAAACGUCGGAAAAUUCGCUAAUGAAACUGAAUUUAUUAACGGGUUCAACAAAGUUCUCCAGAAACAUGAUGAAAACACGUUUUAA